AUGGUUCCAAUGCAGAGUAUACUGGAGGGAACCCUUGUUGCAAGCACAGUGCAACAAAAGGAGUAUCCAGUGAUUAUUGGCAAGCUACUCUGGGUUGCCAACAGCACCUGGCCUGAUCUUAGUCUCACUGUAGGAGUUCUCGCCAGACACAUGCAAGAACCAUCACAGGAACAUUAUCAGGUGGCCCAAUGGGUCUUAUGCUACCUCGAAAGCACAAAGGAGGUGGGAUUGGUCUACAGAGCAAGUGAACUGCAAGAGCCACUGGUUGUGCACAGUGAUGCAAACUGGGCAAGUGAUGCCACCAUACAGAGAAAGAGCACCUCAGGGUCAGUGGCGUUGGUGUAUGGGAACCCAGUAGCCUGGAAGUCAGCAACACAAAAAUGUGUAUCAUUGUCUGCUGUCAAGGCAGAAUUCAUUGCUGCCACAGAGGCAACAUGCAAGGUACUUUUCCUCAAGCAAUUGCUAUGCUCAAUUGGCAUUGCUACAGGGACCCCGAUGGUCUACUCAGAUAACACUGGUUGCAUACAGGUGAGUAAGGACCCAGCACAGCACUGGAAGCUCAAACACAUUGACACCAAGUAUCACUUCAUUCACAACAACAUCCAAGAAGGAAAGGUGCAGAUUAAGUACAUGGACACAACAUGGAACUUAGCAGACAUGCUAACCAAGCCCAUUGGAAGGCAGGCAAUGCAACAAGCACAUUCCAGGCUACAUCUGCAAAUACCAGCGGUGCAUGGUAUGGGACCCCCAAGCUAUGCAACAGUACUGAAGUAUGGAGGAUGUGUCAAACAGCAACAGCACAAUGAACAGAGUACAUAUGCUGUUGAGGGGGGGAGUUGA